UGUUGUCGUCGCCGUUCGCUUGUUGUUGCACGCAGAAGGCGAAAAAAGGAGAGACAAUCACUGGCGCGGAAUAACAAUUAACAAAAUGGAAUAAUUGAAUUAUUGUCGCUUUGGCAAAUCAGUUAAAUGCGCCAGUAAUAGCCGAUGCAGCAAUAAAACACAUGAGCUAUUGGCGUGUGACGUCAUCGUUUCUGCUAGCCAGGGCACGGCCACGCCUCCUACAAACACUACGCCCACCGAGCACCAUGAACGAAUGCCGGAAAAACACAAACAUCACAGCGAACAACAACACCAUUCUAUGCGACAAAACCAUCAGCAAAAAGCAUUUGUUUCUGGAGAAGAGGAGCAUGUCGAGCCACACGGAUGACACCAAGGACUCCAAGGCAACGCAGGAUUUGCCAAAUCCACUGGAGCUAACGCCCCAGGAUCGAUUGGCGAUUGAGGAGAGGCAAAAUAAGGCAUUCGCCUUCUUUGCCGAAACACUACAAAUCUACGGCGUGGAGGAGUUAAUCUUCUGUUUCAAUGGCGGCAAGGACUGCACCGUGCUGCUCGAUCUCCUCAUGCGUUUCCUACGUCAGCAGAACAUCUCCAGCGGUGACAUUCCCAUGCUGUACAUCAAAUCCGGCGAUUCCUUUGCGGAAAUCGAUGAUUUCGUCAAGCGCUGCGUCCGCAACUAUCGCGUGGAGCUGGUCCAGUACGAGGGUUCGCUCAAGGAGGCACUCACCCACAUGUCCGCGGACAUGCCGCGCAUCCGGGCCGUCUUCGUGGGCAGCCGCAACACGGAUCCCUACUGCCAGCACUUGGCGCCCAUGCAGCCCACGGACAACGACUGGCCGCCGAUGAUGCGUCUGAAUCCCUUGCUGGAGUGGAGCUACCACGACGUCUGGCACUACAUCCACAUGAACUCGGUGCCCUACUGCAGUCUGUACGAUCGCGGCUACACCUCGAUCGGCAAUCGUUCCAACACAAUUCCCAAUCCGCAUCUUAGACGCACCGAUGCCCAGUGCGCAUGUGAUACCGAUACAGCAAACACCGAUACCGUCUGCUCCUGCGAUCCGAGUGGCUAUCGACCCGCCUGGGAGCUGCAGGAUGCCACCAUGGAGCGAGCUGGUCGUCUGCCCAGGAAGUAGGAUUCCUGAUUCUAGAUUCUAUAUUCUAGUAGACUCUAGAUUCCAACGCAAAUCGUAGUGCCUAUCGCAUGCAGGCGUGGCUGUAGUGCAAUUUAAUAGCUUAAACUCUAGUUUGUGACUUAUUGUAUAUAUAGUUGUGUAUAUUAACUUGUGAUUUGGUUUUCGGCAAACAAACUUAAUCUAGUAAUAUUUUGUACGACCUUAGGUGCUAAGGCUGCCGAAUAAAUGUGGCCUCGUGCAGCAGGCCACUUAAGCGAG